CAUGACAGUCUGCCGCCCGGGGUGGCUAUCUUUCCUAACGCUGAUAGGAGGCCACUACCACGACCAUCUUAGCGGAGCUCCAGAUGCUUGAUGAGUGGCGAUAUGAGCUUAGAGAAACGCUCUCUCGACCUGUCUUACUCUAGCUUCUCCCAGCCACCUGGUCAUCGGAACCAGACCUUCACCUACAUGGGAAAGUUCUCCAUCGACUCUCAGUAUCCCGAACUGGAACCCCGAGGCGUCAUCAACAUAGUGAGUGCGGGGAUCCUGGGCAUGACCCAGCCAUCUUCUGCCUCCUCCUCCCCGGCGUCCUCCGGUUCUCCGGCCAUUUUCUCCUCCACGCUCAGCUGCACCAUGGCCCAGAACCAGGCCGACAUGGAGACCCCCCUCUACUCUUCCCCGCCUCCCUACGGCUGUGGGGAGGUCUACCAGGACCCGUCGGCCUUUCUCUCCACCGGGCCCGGUAUCUCCUACCCGCCGCCGUCCUACUCCUCCCCUAAGCCCAACACAGACUCGGGUCUCUUCCCCAUCAUCCCAGACUAUGGGUUCUUCCAGCCGACCUGUCAGAGGGACAUGCAGGCCAUGCCUGACCGCAAGCCCUUCCCCUGCCCACUGGACUCCUUUAGAGUACCCCCACCUCUGACUCCCCUGAACACUAUUAGGAACUUUACAUUAGGUGGGCCGGUCUCGGGACCCAGACUCCCCACAGCGUACAGCCCCCAGAACCUCCCCCUGAGACCCAUCCUGCGGCCCAGAAAAUAUCCCAACAGACCGAGCAAGACCCCGGUCCAUGAGCGGCCGUACCCCUGCCCAGCGGAAGGCUGCGACCGGCGGUUCUCUCGGUCUGACGAGCUGACCAGACACAUCCGGAUCCACACGGGACACAAACCGUUCCAGUGCCGGAURUGCAUGAGGAACUUUAGCCGCAGCGACCACCUCACCACGCACAUCCGCACGCACACCGGAGAGAAGCCCUUCGCCUGUGAUUUCUGUGGCCGUAAGUUCGCGAGGAGCGACGAGCGCAAAAGACACACCAAGAUUCAUCUCAGACAGAAAGAGAGAAAAACAUCCACUGCGCCAUCAAACAACACGAACUCUGAUCGCUCCGGUAGCGGUUCUAUAAGCACAUCUAGCGGAGUCUGCUCCUCCAGCACGGGACAGCUGGCGGGAUGCCCCUCGCGGGCGGUAUAGUACACACUAUAGCCAAUAGGUUUAUGGGAAUAAAUAUUUWGAAACCUUGAUGAACUAAAGACAAUAGAYAUUYAGGUUUAAUUGUUUGUAAGCUGCAAGUUCAAAACACAAWAUGGAACCYACUUGACACGCAACAGKAUAAUUGUCUUUCAUGCGUAAUUGCGCAUCAUUCCGGUGCGCUCCAAACGUUCCCACGARGUAUCCUCURAGUUUGGUGGCUGAGAGAAACGCACUUUGUUUGCAUAGCCUACUGAAGUCAAGUUAKWAGACAAUACUUUUAACACGUGGCUGCCUCUAUUCUCUUCAUGUAUAGGYAAGAAACAUGUUGAGGAUUAAUAUCAAGCACAUGUACACUGACGCGCCAAUAGGCUACAAUAUACACAACGCUGCAUGGGAAAGAACGUUAUAUUUGCAAUAAUUUAGAAGGAAAYGUGUGUUAAAUUAUUUACUAGACAAAAUGUGUCAUUUUUAACAUGUUCGUUGAUUMUAUUUCCCCCUUGUUGUGCCUCGUUUCACACGUUAUUUUUGUACAUUGUCAAUACAAGGACGAUUUAAUGAAACUGUACAUUUUGUCAUUUAAUAUGAAAGUUUGAUUAUAUGUAUAUUUUUGUACACAUUGUGCCGUGUAACUAUGGAAAGUGUUGUGGUUUAUGUCUAACAAUAAGGAAUGUAAAUAAUUGAACUCAAAACCGAAUUGACAUUUUGUUUUUCGUGAAUGUUUACGACUCAUAUUAAAUGUUAAUGUUGAUUAAAAAAAAAUCUCAAUGGCCUCCAGAAAGGUUAUUUCUUGUGAACUAAAACAAAUAAAGUAAACUGUGAACAACUAGAAUAUAAUGUAAUAGUAUUGGAAAGUACACCAUAAAGGGCGAGCGUGGUAAUUCCCAUGUAACGUCAGUCUGAGGUGAGUCAUGCCUUCACGAGCUCCCACUCACCGUCUAUCCGUUCUGAUGCUUUGGUUAACAACUAUAGAACAGGAUCUUUACCGUUGUUCAUGUAGAG